UUAAUACAAAUAUAGAAAGAAAAAAAAAAAAAAUUACAAAUAUAGAAAAUGAGAAAAUAGAAAAAGCACAAGCGAAACACGUGUCUAUAAAAGGAAUCAAGUCCAGUGCUACACUAGGCUUUGCCGUUACAUUCCAAACGUUGUUGGUGGCCAAGAACAGAAAACAAUCGCCCGACAAAAAGCCCUCUGUUUUAUGCUUUUGUACUCCUAAUAAUAUGUAUUGCCCCUUUCGUUUCCAUCGAACCCAUUUGCUGAAGGAUAACCCUUUUCUCUCUUUCUCUCCCUAAAAAAAACACAGUUUUCCUCUCUCUAUAAGCAAAGACACAUCUGCCACCACUCAACAAAUUUUAGGGUUUCUUUUCCUUCUUCUUCUCUAAAAUCAUCGAUCAAACACCUGUGUCUGAACAAAAGUAGAAAAAUACCCAUCUGCAUUCAAACGCUCUUUUCAAAAGAAUGUCUUUAAAGUCUUAAAAAAGCCUAGAAUUUCAACUCCAUAUUAUGGUUGGAUGUACACAAUCUUGUGGAUGCAACACUCCGUCCUUCUAAAUAAAUGCCGAGGAAGACAGAUAUUUUCUCCAGGCUGUCACGCUGACAAGGGAUACGGGGGCCAUUGCUUGGUGCAGUGGUGAAAAGCUCGGCGGAUGUUGGUUCAAGCCUUACAUGGGAAAGGUAUACCAAAGGCUAGAAAACUGUUCUUUAAUGCCAUUCUUCAUUAAAAUUUAUCCAUAGAGGUUCUGCAACCUUUAUAUGAAAUGGAAAGUGAGCAGAAUGUGAAUGGUUCUAGAGCUGAAGAUAGUUUUGUAAUGGAUCUUGAUCAAAGAGAACUUGCUAGAAGUGAUGAAGACAUUAUGGCCCGUCGUAUAAAGAACCGGGAGCGGCAACGUAGAUACAGGGCUCGUAAACGUCUUGAAGCUGAUAUGAAGAAGGCAAGUGUCAUAAACCAAAAACCUCCCCCGCAAGUAGAACUGCAAGUGAAUGGGAUCGUCAAUAAUUGCAUAACCCGUAUUUACUGUCAAAGGAACUGGAAAAAAGAUGCAAGAAAGAUCCAUGCUGUUAAAGAAGUUGUAUCCAUUGGACCUCUUAUUUCUGAUCUGACCUCGGGCAGUGAAAGUCAAGCAUCCUCUUUACCUUCUGGAGCCAAUCCAGAGCGACCGUUAGGAAAUGGGUUUUGCUCUAAUAAAUCUCCUAUCCUGGAUAGUAGUGGAUCAGAAAGAAAUGCAUCUGGCAGAAGACACUGGAAAGCAGAGGCAAGAAAUAAGAAAAACUAGAGUGGUUACUACCCACAGCUUUACUGGAGAUAUUAGUUUAAGUGCCAACUGACACCUGACUGUUUCGAUAGGAAGAU